CACGGCACGAUUAGUCUGUGGUGUCGAGCAAUGGCCGACAGAAAAAGACUGUUUCGGUAACGCAUCGCGAGUGUCUAUUUUUCAUAUUCCAAAACAUUUUUGUUACAUCGCGUAUCAUAUUCGAAUGUGUGUUUCUGUGAAUAAAUAACUGUGUUGCAUUUAACUGUGCUACAUUAAAGUGAUUGUGUAUGAACGGCUAAUAGUUGUAUUAUUUGUGAAAUUUUUGUUAUUGACUGCCGCCGGCCGCUAUGCGACUGCUCGAGCCCCGGCCUCCUCACACGACCAGCCUCCCCGAUAUCAAGCUAGUCGCUUCACCAUUAUAUGUCCUCAAAUAAAUAGGCUGUGCAGUUCGCUUCCAAACAAAAACGUUCAUUUGCACGUGCGUUUUCGCGACACACAUGUAAAGUGAAGUGCUUGUGCUAGUGCGUACCAGAAACCAGUUCGACUCGGUCCGUACCAAACCGGUCCAGUGAGUCCGGUGCCGGGUGGGUCCGGCAAGCGCGAGUGUGGGUCCUUUGCCCCGGGCCCGAUGUGUGCGGCGUCAUGGCGUUCAUGACGAAGAAGAAGCGAUACAAGUUCGGAGUACAGUGCUGCCUCGAAGAGUUGACGGAGGUUCCCUUCGUCUCCGCAGUGCUUUUCGCGAAGGUCCGUCUGUUGGACGGGGGCAACUUUCAGGAUCAUUCGAGCAGGGAGGAGGUGUGCAACCAUUCGGUGCGGUGGAACGCGCAGUUCUCCUUCGUUUGCAAGAUGUGCGCCAACGCCAACACCGGCGUCCUCGAGCCGGCCCUGCUGCGAGUCUCCGUGCGUAAGGAGUGCAAGGGCGGGCGGUCGUACCAGAAGCUGGGCUUCUGCGACGUGAACCUGGCGGAACUGGCGGGCGCGGGCGAGGCGACGCGACACUGCCUGCUCGAGGGCUACGAUCCUCGCCGCCGCCAAGACAACUCGGUGCUCCGCUUGCGCAUCAAGAUGAACAUGAUCUCCGGCGAUCCUCUCUUUAAAGUGCCGGAGCGCAAGCAAGAGGCGGCGGAAGGCGGCGACAGCGGCGCGGAGAGCGCGGCGCCGCCCGACGACGACUGCGCCUGCUCCACCAACAGUUCCGGCUUCGGCUCGCUCACCGGCGCCAAGCCCCACGUUCCAGUGUCGGAAGGCGUGACGCCGCCGACGAUAGCCGCGCUGGCGGCCUGCGAGCCGCCGCCCGACCAAGAGGACCCGCCCGCGCCCGAACAUGCGGCGGUGUCAGGGGGCGUUGCGCCGUGCGCAUCGUGCCAGCAGCACACGCAUUCGCGCAACUCAUCCAACACGUCGGGCGACAUGAGCAGCAAGGCUUCGGGAUACGGCAGCUCGGUGUCUGCGGCGUCUGCGCACUCGCGACAGAGCUCGGAGGGCGAGUGCGCGCCUGACUCCCGCGACACUCGGCACCACAACAGCGUACGCGUCGAGCGCACCUGCACCACCAGCACGAGCUGCACGAGCAGCAGCACGCUGCACGUUCCCGCGCCCUCCGGCAGGCACUCGGGCCGCGCGCUCGCCAAGCUGCUGCUCGAGAAGACGCUCGUCAGCGAGACCUCAGACCUCUACCUGACGCCCAACACCACGCUCACCGGACCCCCCGACGUGAUCCCGCGACACGCGCUGCACUCCGCCAGCCCCGCCAGCGAGGAGUACCGCACGCCUGACUCCACCCUGCUCGAGGAGAACACCUUCGCCAUGCCCACAUACUUCGACCACAAGCGGAAGGCGGCGGCGGUGGUGAGCGCGGCGGUCGAGCCGCUCGCAAACUUUCACAUCUUCAAGCAGAAGUCGCUCAACACCAUUCCCGCGCUGCUCGAGAGGAACAAGAAGAACGAGGAGCUGUUCACUAACUUCCCCUUCCUCACGCCCCUCGCCCACCGAAAGAACUCGCUGGUGUCCAACGCGAACAGACUGUCGGGGUGCAUCGAGGACGAGUUCUACUGCAUCCCCUCGGACCCCGAGGGCGACGCCGAACUCGUGGACCGCAUUGACGUGCGCCAUCGCUUCCGCAGCCUCUCCAACCAGGCCCUCGACGACGACGUCCACACUUCCACGCCGAAGAACGAUAGUAACGCAGAGGUUUUGCAAAGGAAUAGCUUCGCGUCGCAGAGAGGUCGAAAAGUGGAGGUUCUACGGCACAGCUAUACGGACUACACGAGGAACCCGUCCUCCGGCUCCCUCACCGCCUCCGCCUCAGAGAGCGGCUCGCUGGAGCGCGCCCGCGCCCGCCGCCAGCGUGCGCCACCGCAGCCCCCCACACACCACGCGGUGUCGUGUCGUGUGGAGAACACGCGCGUCAACCCCGACUCCCUGAUCGACGAGCUGCUCGCCGCCACGGACCUCAAGCACGCCGUCGACGACGCCGCUGAGACGUCAGGUCUGCAGCUGUUCAUAACGCGCGACGGCACCGCCGAGCUGGGCAGCAGGCAGCGCCAGCAGCUCGCGCGUCGCGACUACCAGCGUGUUGUGCUGCAUCCGCACGAUAACAGGUAGCCAAUGGCGUGGGAGAGCGGCGUCGGGCGUGAGGCCGCGCGGCGCCGCCUGCCCAGCUAGCCGCCCCGC